AUGAUUUCCUGGGACAUUGCCCGCAUUGCAUUGCUGUCUGCCCUCCUUUAUUGUGCCCUAGCUCAAGAGGAGAGCCCCCCGGAGGAGAUCCCCGAGGGGGCCUCCACCUUGGCUUUUGUGUUUGAUGUGACUGGGUCCAUGUACGAUGAUUUGGUUCAGGUUAUCGAAGGGGCUUCCAAGAUUCUGGAGACGUCUUUGAAAAGACCCAAGAGACCGCUUUACAACUUUGCUUUGGUGCCUUUUCACGAUCCAGAAAUUGGCCCAGUGACAAUUACCACAGAUCCCAAAAAAUUUCAAUUUGAACUCAGAGAACUGUAUGUUCAGGGUGGUGGUGAUUGUCCAGAAAUGAGUAUUGGAGCCAUAAAAAUUGCCUUGGAAAUUUCUCUUCCUGGUUCUUUUAUCUAUGUCUUCACGGAUGCUCGGUCCAAGGAUUAUCGGCUCACUCAUGAGGUGCUGCAGCUUAUCCAACAGAAACAGUCACAAGUAGUAUUUGUACUCACUGGUGAUUGUGAUGACAGGGGCCAUAUUGGAUAUAAAGUGUAUGAAGAAAUUGCCUCUACAAGUUCCGGUCAGGUGUUUCAUCUGGACAAAAAACAAGUGAAUGAGGUGUUAAAAUGGGUAGAAGAAGCAGUGCAGGCCUCCAAAGUCCACCUUUUAUCCACAGACCAUUUGGAACAGGCUGUCAACACCUGGAAAAUUCCUUUUGAUCCCAGCCUAAAAGAAGUGACUGUGUCUCUGAGUGGCCCUUCUCCAAUGAUUGAAAUUCGUAAUCCUUUAGGGAAGCUGAUAAAAAAGGGAUUUGGCCUGAAUGAGCUAUUAAACAUCCAUAACUCUGCCAAGGUGGUGAAUGUUAAAGAGCCGGAGGCUGGAAUGUGGACAGUGAAGACUUCCAGCAGUGGAAGGCACUCUGUUCGCAUCACUGGCCUCAGUACUAUUGAUUUUCGAGCUGGUUUUUCCCGAAAACCCACCCUGGACUUCAAGAAAACAGUCAGCAGACCAGUGCAAGGAAUACCGACCUACGUGCUGCUGAAUACUUCUGGAAUUUCCGUUCCAGCCAGAGUAGAUCGUCUUGAACUUCUGAGUAUCUCAGGCCGUUCUCUUAAGACUAUUCCUGUUAAAUAUUACCCAGAUAGAAAACCUUAUGGCGUAUGGAAUAUUUCUGACUUCACACCUCCAAAUGAAGCUUUCUUUCUCAAAGUAACAGGCUAUGAUAAAGAUGAUUACCUCUUCCAGAGAGUAUCCAGUGUUUCCUUCUCUAGUAUUAUCCCUGAUGCUCCCAAGGUCACAAUGCCCAGGAACACCCCAGGAUACUACCUGCAGCGGGGCCAGAUCCCUUGCUCUGUUGAGAGUCUUUUACCCUUUACGUUGAACUUUGUCAGAAAUGGAGCUACCCUUGGAGUAGAUCAGUAUUUAAAAGAAUCUGGCAGUGCGAGCUGGGACAUCGAAAAGGUCACACUGUUGGAUGAAGGCCUCUAUGAGUGCGUGGCUGUCAGCAGUGCAGGCACUGGCCGGGCACAGACAUUUUUUGAUGUGUCAGAGCCUCCUCCAGUCGUCCAAGUGCCUAAUAAUGUUACAGUCGCUCCUGGAGAAAGAGCAGUUUUGACAUGUUUUGUCAUCAGUGAGGUGGAUUACAAUCUAACCUGGCACAGAAGUGACAGAGAAGCCAGACUGGCAGAUCCAGCAAGAAUGAGGAUCUUGGCAAACCUCUCAUUGGAGCUAAGGAGUGUGAAAUUUACUGAUGGUGGAGAGUAUCACUGUGUGGUUUCCAGUGAAGGAGGAUCAGCAACUGCUUCUGUGUUCCUCACAGUGCAAGAACCACCCAAAGUCACUGUGAUGCCCCAAAAUCAGUCUUUCACAGGAGGAUCUGAGGUCUCCAUUAUGUGUUCUGCAACAGGUUAUCCUAAACCAAAGAUUGUCUGGACUGUUAACGAUAUGAUUAUCAUGGGUUCACACAGGUACAGGAUGACAUCAGAAGGUAACUUGUUUAUCAGAAAUGCAAUUCCUAAAGAUGCAGGUAUCUAUGGUUGCCUGGCAAGUAAUUCAGCUGGAACAGAUAAACAGACUUCUACUCUGAGAUAUAUUGAAACCCCAAAACUGAUUGUUGUUCAGAGUGAGCUCCUGGUUGCCCUUGGGGAUACAACAAUUAUGGAAUGCAAAACCUCUGGUGUUCCUCCACCUCAAGUUAAAUGGUUCAAAGGGGAUCUGGAACUGAGGCCCUCAACUUUCCUCAUUAUUGACCCCCUCUUGGGACUUUUGAAGAUUCAAGAAACUCAAGACUUGGAUGCUGGGGAUUAUAUGUGUGUGGCUGUGAAUGAAGCUGGACGAGCCACUGGGAAGAUAACUCUGGAUGUUGGCUCACCUCCAGUUUUCAUACAAGAACCUGUUGAUGUAUCUAUGGAAAUUGGCUCAAAUGUGACAUUACCUUGCUAUGUCCAGGGUUAUCCAGAACCAAAGAUUAAAUGGCGAAGGUUAGACAACAUGCCAAUCUUCUCAAGACCCUUUUCAUUGAGUUCCAUCAGUCAACUAAGAACAGGAGCACUUUUUAUUUCAAACUUAUGGGCAAGUGAUAAAGGAACCUAUAUUUGUGAAGCUGAAAACCAGUUUGGAAAAAUCCAGUCCCAGACAACGGUAACAGUGACAGGACUUGUGGCCCCGCUUAUUGGAAUCAGCCCAUCAGUGGCCAGUGUCAUUGAAGGACAGCAGCUGACUUUGCCCUGUGCUCUGUUGGCUGGAAAUCCCAUUCCAGAACGUCGGUGGAUGAAGAAUUCAGCAAUGUUGGUCCAAAAUCCUUACAUCACUGUGCGCAGUGAUGGGAGCCUCCAUAUUGAAAGAGUUCGCCUUCAGGAUGGAGGCGAAUAUACUUGCCUGGCUAGUAACGUUGCUGGAACCAAUAACAAAACUACCACUGUCGAUGUGCAUGUUCUGCCAACCAUCCAGCAUGGGCAGCAGAUACUCAGUACAGUUGAAGGUGUUCCAAUAACUCUACCAUGCAAAGCAAGUGGAAUUCCCAAACCAAAUAUCGUCUGGUCCAAGAAAGGAGAACUGAUUUCCACCAGCAGUGCGAAGUUCUCAGCUGGGGCUGAUGGGAGUCUGUAUGUUGUGUCCCCCAGUGGGGAGGAGAGCGGAGAGUAUAUCUGCACAGCCACCAACGCGGCUGGCUAUGCCAAGAGGAAAGUGCAGUUAACUGUCUACGUAAGGCCCAGAGUAUUUGGAGAACAGCGAGGACUGUCUCAGGACAAGCCUGUGGAGAUCUCCGUCCUUGCAGGGCAAGAGGUGACACUUCCCUGUGAAGUCAAGAGCUUACCACCACCCAUAAUUACCUGGGCCAAAGAGACCCAGCUCAUCUCUCCAUUCUCUCCAAGACACCUGUUUCUCCCUUCUGGCUCAAUGAAGAUCACUGAGACUCGAGUUUCUGAUAGUGGGAUGUAUCUUUGUGUUGCCACAAAUCUUGCUGGGAAUGUGACUCAGUCCAUUAGAUUAAAUGUCCAUGUUCCUCCAAAGAUACAGCGUGGCCCUAAACUUCUAAAAGUCCAAGUUGGUCAAAAAGUGGACAUCCCAUGCCAUGCCCAAGGGACACCUCCUCCUGUGGUCACCUGGCUGAAGGGCGGCAGUGCAGUGCUGCUUGAUGGGGUGCGGCAUGCUAGCAGUCCAGACGGAACACUGCACGUCCACCACGCGCUGCUUUCAGAUGCUGGCAUUUAUACCUGUGUUGCUACUAACCUAGCGGGCAGCGAGGAAACAGACAUAACGCUACAAGUCCAAGAACCACCUGCACUGGAAGAUCUAGAACCUCCAUUUAACACACCAUUCCAAGAAAGGGUGGCCAAUCAACGCAUUGCAUUUCCAUGUCCUGCAAAAGGUACCCCCAAACCAACCAUCAAAUGGUUACGGAAUGGUAGAGAGCUGACAGGCCGAGAACCUGGCAUUUCUUUCCUGGAAGAUGGCAGGUUAUUGGUUAUUGCUUCUGUCACACCAUAUGACAAUGGGGAAUACAUCUGUGUCGCAGUUAAUGAAGCUGGGACCACGGAAAGAAAAUACACCCUUAAAGUCCACGUUCCUCCACUAAUUAAGGAUAAAGAACAAGUAACAAAUGUGUCUGUGUUGGUCAACCAGCUGACCAAUCUCUUUUGUGAGGUUGAAGGCACUCCAUCACCCAUCAUUGUGUGGUAUAAAGAUGAUGUCCAGGUGACUGAAACUAACACCAUUCAGAUUGUGAACAAUGUCCCACCCACUAUAAUAGGUGCCAGUUCCCCAAAUGAAGUAUCAGUUGUUCUCAGCCAUGACACCACCCUUGAAUGCCAAGUCAAAGGCACACCCUUCCCUGAGAUUCAUUGGUUCAAAGAUGGCAAGCCUGUAUUUUUGGGCGAUCCUAACAUUGCACUUCUAGACAGAGGACAAAUGUUACAUUUAAAGAGUGUGCGCAGAAGUGACAAGGGAAGGUACCAGUGUGUUGUGUCUAAUGCUGCUGGCAAACAGACCAAGGAUUUAAAACUAACGAUCCAUAUUCCACCUAGUAUUAAAGGAGGGAAUGUCACCACAGAAAUGUCGGUGUUGAUCAACAGCAUGAUUAAACUGGAAUGCGAGACUCGGGGACUUCCGAUACCUGCUAUUACUUGGUAUAAGGACGGACGGCCAGUCAUAUCCAGCUCACAGACAUUGUAUAUUGACAAAGGACAGUUUCUUCAGAUCCCCAGGGCACAGGUCUCUGAUUCAGGGACAUACACGUGCCAUGUGACCAAUGUUGCUGGAACUGCUGAAAAAUCAUUCCAUGUGGAUAUUUAUGUGCCUCCAGUGAUUGACGGCAACUUGGCUGUACCUCUGCAAAAGCAAGUAGUUAUUGCUCAUUCGCUGACACUGGAGUGUAAAGCUGCUGGCAACCCCCCUCCCAUUCUCACCUGGUUAAAAGAUGGUGUUCCUAUGAAAGCAAGUGACAACAUCCGCAUUGAAGCUGGUGGGAAGAAGCUAGAGAUCAUCAGUGCCCUUGAAUCUGACCACGGGCAGUAUGUUUGUGUGGCAACCAGCGUGGCAGGAGAGAAGGAAAUCAAAUAUGAAGUGGAUAUUCUAGUGCCGCCAACUAUAGAAGGAAGCGAUGAGACAUCUUACUUCAUUGUGAUGGUGAAUAACUUACUGGAGCUAGAAUGUCCAGUGACAGGCUCUCCUCCACCAUCUAUCAUGUGGUUGAAGGAUGGCCAGCUAAUCGAUGGAAGGGAUGGAUUCAAGAUCCUACUAAAUGGACGAAAGCUGGUUCUUACCCAGAUUCAGGUGUCAGAUACAGGCCUCUAUCGGUGUGUGGCAACAAACGCAGCUGGAGACCACAAGAAGGAAUUUGAAGUGACUGUACAUGUUCCUCCAACAGUCAAAUCCUCAGGCCCUUCUGAGAGAGCUGUAGUGAAGUACAAGCCAAUCACCUUGCAAUGCAUAGCCAAUGGCAUCCCAAAUCCAUCCAUUACAUGGUUAAAAGAUGGUCAACCUGUGAAUACUGCCCAAGGAAAUUUCAAAAUACAGUCUUCUGGUCGCGUUCUGCAAAUAGCCAAAGCUCUGACGGAGGAUGCUGGCAGAUACACAUGUGUGGCCACCAAUGCAGCUGGGGAAGCGCAGCAGGAGAUUCAGCUGCACGUGCACGAGCCACCCAGUCUGGAUGAUGCCGGGAAGAUGCUGAAUGAGACAGUGGUGGUGAACAACCCUGUGCAACUAGAGUGUAAGGCAGAGGGAAAUCCCUUGCCUGCUAUUACUUGGUAUAAAGAUAAUCGUCCACUCUCAGGCUCCACCACUGUAACUUUCUUGAACAGAGGACAAAUUGUUGAUAUUGAAAGGGCCCAGAUAACAGAUGCUGGCAUUUAUAAGUGUGUGGCAAUUAACUCAGCUGGAGCUACGGAGUUGUUUUACAGUCUGCAGGUCCAUGUGGCCCCAUCAAUUUCUGGAAGCAAUAAUAUGAUGACUGUGGUGGUAAAUAACAUGGUGAGGUUAGAAUGUGAAGCCAGAGGCAUCCCUGCCCCAAGUCUGACCUGGUUGAAAGAUGGGAGUCCUGUCUCUAGUUUCACUAAUGGGAUACAGGUUCUGUCCGGGGGCCGCAUCCUAGCAUUGACCAGUGCACAAAUUAGUGAUACAGGGAGAUAUACCUGUGUAGCUGUGAAUGCUGCUGGGGAGAAGCACAGGGACAUCGACCUCAGAGUAUAUGUUCCACCAAAUAUUAUGGGAGAAGAACAGAACGUCUCUGUUCUCAUUAGCCAAGCUGUGGAGUUACUGUGUCAAAGUGAUGCUAUUCCCCCACCUACUCUGACUUGGCUGAAAGAUGGCCGCCCCAUGCUGAAGAAACCAGGUCUCCAUAUCUCUGAAAAUGGAAGUGUGUUAAAGAUUGAAGAUGCUCAGGUUCAAGACACUGGUCGCUACACUUGUGAGGCAACAAAUAUUGCUGGAAAAACUGAAAAAAAUUAUAACGUCAACAUUUGGGUUCGACCCACUAUAUCUAAUAGUGGCAACCACCCUACUGAAAUUAUUGUGACUCGAGGGAAGAGUGUUUCCUUAGAAUGUGAGGUGCAGGGUAUUCCUCAGCCGACAGUGACUUGGAUGAAAGAUGGCCGUCCUUUGACCAAGGGAAGAGGGAUGGAAAUACUUGAUGAAGGCCGUAUCCUUCAGCUGAAGAACGUUCAUGUAUCUGACACAGGUCGUUACGUGUGUGUAGCUGCUAAUGUGGCAGGGAUGACGGACAGAAAAUAUGACUUAAGUGUACAUACCAUUCCAAGCAUCAUAGGAAGCCAUGGCACACCAGAAAAUAUCAGUGUGGUAGAAAAGAACUCAGUGUCCCUGACCUGUGAAGCAUCAGGAAUUCCCCUGCCUACGAUUACUUGGCUUAAAGAUGGGUGGCCUGUCAGCCUUAGCAGCUCUGUGAGAAUUCUCUCAGGAGGCAGAACCCUGCGUUUGACACAGACCAGGAGAGAAGAUGCUGGCCGAUAUACUUGCGUUGUAAGGAAUGCAGCUGGGGAAGAAAGGAAAAGUUUUGGACUCUCAGUAUUAGUACCACCUCGCAUUAUGGGUGAAAAUACAUUGGAAGAUGUGAAGGUAAAAGAAAAACAGAGUGUUACACUGACUUGUGAAGUAACAGGUGACCCAAUUCCAAAAAUAACAUGGCACAAAGAUGGGCAGCUCCUCCAAGAAGAUGGUGCCCAUCACGUUAUGUCUGGUGGUCGUUUUCUUCAAAUUACCAAUGCCCAAGUGUCACACACUGGGAGGUAUUCAUGUUUGGCUUCUAAUACAGCUGGUGACAAGAGCAAAAGCUUCAGUCUUAAUGUGUUAGUAUCUCCUACAAUUGCUGGUGUCGAUAGUGAUGGCAGCCCAGAGGAUGUCACAGUUAUCCUUAACAAUCCCACAUCUUUGGUAUGUGAAGCUUAUUCUUACCCUCCAGCUACCAUCACCUGGUUUAAGGAUGGAGCUCCUUUAGAAUCCAACCGAAAUAUUCGUAUUCUUCCAGGUGGUAGGACCCUGCAGAUCCUAAAUGCACAGGAGGACAAUGCUGGAAGAUACUCUUGUGUAGCCACUAAUGAGGCUGGGGAGAUGAUAAAGCACUAUGAAGUCAAGGUCUACAUUCCACCCAUAAUCAAUAAAGGGGACCUAUUUGGGUCAGGUCUUUCCCCUAAAGAAGUCAAGAUCAAAGUAAACAACACGCUGACCUUGGAAUGUGAAGCUUAUGCGAUUCCUUCUGCCUCCCUCAGCUGGUACAAGGAUGGACAGCCUCUUAAAUCAGAUGAUCAUGUUAAUAUUGCUGCAAAUGGACACAUCCUUCAAAUAAAGGAGGCUCAAAUAUCAGACACUGGGCGAUAUACUUGUGUAGCAUCUAAUAUUGCAGGUGAAGAUGAGCUGGACUUUGAUGUAAAUAUACAAGUUCCUCCGAGUUUUCAGAAACUCUGGGAAAUGGGAAACAUGCUGGAUACUGGCAGGAAUGGUGAAGCCAAGGAUGUGAUCAUCAACAACCCCAUUUCUCUUUACUGUGAGACAAAUGCUGCUCCCCCACCUACCCUGACAUGGUACAAAGAUGGCCAUCCGCUCACCUCAAGUGAUAGAGUGCUAAUUUUACCAGGAGGGCGAGUGCUGCAGAUUCCUCGGGCCAAAGUCGAAGAUGCAGGGCGAUACACCUGUGUGGCUGUGAAUGAGGCUGGAGAAGAUUCACUUCAGUAUGAUGUCCGGGUGCUCUUGCCUCCAGUUAUCAAGGAAGCAAACAGUGAUCUCCCAGAAGAGGUGAAUGCACUGGUGAGCAGGAGUGUGACAAUGGAGUGUUUGUCGAGUGGCAGCCCCACACCAAGGAACUCCUGGCAAAAAGAUGGCCAACCCUUGCUGGAAGAUGAGUAUCACAAAUUUCUAUCCAAUGGAAGAAUUCUGCAGAUUCUAAAUACUCAAAUAACAGACACUGGCAGAUAUGUGUGUGUUGCUGAGAACACAGCAGGAAGUGCCAAAAAAUAUUUUAACCUCAAUGUUCAUGUUCCUCCAAGUGUUAUUGGCCCUAACCCUGAAAAUCUCACUGUUGUGGUGAACAACUUCAUCUCUUUGACUUGUGAGGUAUCUGGUUUUCCACCUCCUGAUCUGAACUGGCUCAAGAAUGGACAGCCUAUCAAGCCGAACACACAUGCUCUCAUUGUGCCUGGUGGUCGGACUCUACAAAUAAUUCGGGCCAAGGUGUCUGAUGGCGGUGAAUACACUUGCAUAGCUACCAAUCAGGCUGGUGAAAGCAAGAAAAAAGUUUCCCUGACUGUUUAUGUGCCCCCAAGCAUUAAAGAUCAUGGCAGUGAAUCUCUUUCUGUAGUUAGUGUCAGAGAGGGGACCUCAGUGUCAUUGGAAUGUGAGUCAAAUGCUGUCCCUCCUCCAGUCAUCAGCUGGUACAAGAACGGACGGAUGAUUACAGAGUCUACUCACUUGGAGAUUUUAGCAGAUGGACAAAUGCUACACAUCAAGAAAGCCGAGGUAUCUGACACAGGCCAGUAUGUAUGUAGAGCUAUAAAUGUAGCAGGACGGGAUGAUAAAAAUUUCCACCUCAAUGUAUAUGUGCCACCUAGCAUUGAAGGGCCUGACAAAGAAGUGGUUGUUGAGACCAUCAGCAAUCCUGUGAUCCUGACUUGUGAUGCUACUGGGAUCCCACCUCCCACAAUAGCAUGGCUCAAGAACCACAAGCCCAUAGAAAAUUCUGACUCACUAGAGGUUCAUAUUCUGUCUGGAGGCAGCAAACUACAAAUUGCCCGGUCUCAGCCUUCAGACAGUGGAAACUACACAUGCAUUGCAUCAAAUAUGGAGGGAAAAGCACAGAAAAACUACAUCCUUUCAAUUCAAGUUCCUCCAAAUGUUGCUGGUGCUGAAAUUCCAAGUGAAGUCAGUGUCCUGCUAGGGGAAAAUGUUGAGCUGGUCUGCAAUGCAAAUGGCAUUCCUCCCCCACAGAUCCAAUGGCUUAGAGAUGGAAAGCCCAUAACUAACAGUGAAGCAGAAAGAAUCCGGGUAACUGUAAAUGGCAGCACAUUAAACAUUUACGGAGCUCUCCCAUCUGACAUGGGGAAAUACACAUGUGUCGCUACAAAUCCUGCCGGAGAGGAAGACCGAAUUUUUAAUGUGAAUGUCUAUGUUCCACCUGCAAUUAGGGGAAAUAAGGAAGAAGCAGAAAAACUAAUGGCAUUGUUGGAUACUUCAAUAAAUAUUGAAUGCCGAGCAGCUGGGACUCCUCCUCCACAGAUCAACUGGCUGAAGAAUGGACUUCCUCUGCCUCUCUCCUCCCACAUCCGGUUGCUGUCAGGGGGGCAAGUUAUCAGGAUUGUGAGAGCUCAGGUGUCUGAUGUUGCCAUGUACACAUGUGUGGCCUCCAACAGAGCUGGGGUAGAUAAUAAACAUUAUAGUCUUCACGUCUUGGUACCACCGAAUAUGGACAAUGCAAUGGGGACAGAGGAGAUCACCAUUGUCAAGGGCAGUUCUACCUCCAUGACAUGCUUUACAGAUGGCACUCCAACUCCUAGCAUGUCCUGGCUUAGAGAUGGCCAACCUCUGGGACUUGAUGCCCAUUUGACAAUAAACACUCAAGGAAUGGUCCUUCAGCUCAUCGAAGCAGACCCUGAAGACUCGGGAAGAUACACCUGCAUUGCCUCCAAUGAAGCGGGAGAAGUCAGCAAAACUUUCAUCGUAAAGGUCCUAGAGCCACCUCAUAUUAAUGGAUCUGAAGAACCUAUAGAGAUCUCAGUGAUUAUUAAUAAUCCACUUGAACUUACUUGCAUUGCUUCUGGAAUCCCAGCUCCUAAAAUUACCUGGCUGAAGGAUGGACGGCCCCUUCCACAAAUGGAUCAGAUGCAAACUCUCGGAGGAGGCGAGGUUCUCCAAAUAUCUAGUGCUCAGGUGGAAGACACAGGAAGAUAUACAUGUUUGGCUUCCAGUCCUGCUGGUGAUGAUGAUAAAGAAUAUUUAGUGAGAGUGCAUGUGCCCCCGAAUAUUGCUGGACUUGAUGAGUCCCAGGAUUUCACUGUGUUACAGAACAGACAAGUGACACUGGAAUGCAAAUCAGAUGCAGUCCCCCCACCUGUUAUCACCUGGCUUAAAAAUGGAGAGCGAUUGCAGGCAACUCCUCGUGUACGAAUCCUGUCUGGUGGGAGAUAUUUACAAAUUAAUAAUGCAGAUCUAAGUGAUACUGCCAAUUAUACCUGUGUUGCCAGCAACAUUGCAGGAAAGACUACAAGAGAAUUUGUUCUCACUGUAAAUGUUCCUCCAAAAAUAAAGAGUGGCCCCCAGAGUCUCGUCAUUCACUUAAAUAAGUCUGCUGUCUUGGAAUGCUUUGCCGAAGGUGUGCCAGCCCCCAGGAUAACAUGGAGGAAGGAUGGGGCUGUUCUGUCUGGCAAUCAUGCAAGAUAUUCCAUCUUAGAAAAUGGAUUCCUUCAUAUCCGGUCAGCACAUGUCACAGAUGCGGGGCGAUAUUUGUGUAUGGCAACCAAUGUGGCGGGAACAGACCGCAGGCGAAUAGAUUUACAGGUCCAUGUUGUUCCAUCUAUUGCGCUGGGUCCUACCAACAUAACUGUCACCGUAAAUGUCCAAACCACUCUGGGUUGUGAGGCUACUGGGAUACCAAAACCGUCAAUCAUCUGGCGAAAAAAUGGACAGCUUCUAAAUGUGGAUCAAAAUCAGAAUUCAUACAGGCUCCUUUCUUCAGGCUCACUGGUCAUUAUUUCCCCUUCUGUGGAUGACACUGCAACCUAUGAGUGCUCUGUGACAAAUGAUGCAGGAGAGGACACAAGAACUGUGACUCUCACUGUCCAAGUACCACCUUCCAUAGCAGAUGAGCCAACGGACUUCCUAGUCACCAAACAUACCCCAACAAUACUUACCUGCACAGCCUCAGGAGUUCCAUUUCCCUCAAUUCACUGGACAAAAAACGGUAUAAGACUGCUUCCCAGGGGAGAUGGCUAUCGAAUUCUGUCCUCAGGAGCAAUUGAAAUAUUUGCUACUCAGUUGAACCAUGCUGGAAGAUAUACCUGUGUGGCCAGGAACGCAGCUGGUUCUGCACAUCGGCAUGCAACGCUUCACGUACAGGAGCCUCCAGCCAUUCAGCCUCAACCCAGUGAAUUAGAUGUCAUUCUAAACAAUCCCAUUUUAUUACCAUGUGAAGCAACAGGAACACCCACUCCUUUCAUUACUUGGCAAAAAGAAGGCAUCAGUGUUAUCCCUUCAGGCAACAGUCGGGCAGUUCUCCCCAGUGGCGGCCUGCAGAUCUCCAGAGCUGUCAGAGAGGAUGCAGGUUCUUACAUGUGUGUGGCCCAGAAUCCCGCUGGGACAGCCUUGGGCAAAAUCAAGUUAAAUGUCCAAGUUCCUCCAGUCAUUAGUCCCCACCCAGAGGAGUAUAUCACUGCUGUGGAUAAGCCUAUCUCUCUACCCUGUGAGGCAGACGGCUUCCCAUCUCCUAACAUUGUGUGGCAUAAAGAUGGGCACGCAAUUACAGAAUCUGUCCGCCAACGCAUCCUUAGCUCUGGGGCUCUGCAAAUAGCCUUUGCUCAGCCUGAUGAUGCUGGCCAGUAUACAUGCCUGGCAGCUAAUGUGGCAGGAUCAACCAGCAAGAGUGCCAAGCUCACUGUUCAUGUACCACCCAGAAUCCAAAGUACAGAAGACUAUUACACGGUCAAUGAGAAUUCACAAGCUAUUCUUCCAUGCGUGGCUGAUGGAAUCCCCACACCAACACUUAACUGGAAAAAAGAUAAUAAUCUUUUAGUGAACUUGUUAGGAAAAUAUACUGUUGAACCUUAUGGAGAACUCAUUCUGGAAAAUGUUAUGUUGGAGGACUCUGGCACCUAUACCUGUGUUGCUAACAAUGCUGCAGGUGAAGACACACACACUGUCAGCCUGACUGUGCAUGUUCUCCCCACUUUUACUGAACUUCCUGGAGAUAUAUCACUAAAUAAAGGAGAACAGCUGCGAUUAAGCUGUAGAGCAACUGGUGUCCCAUUGCCCAAGUUAACAUGGACCUUCAAUAACAAUAUUAUCCCAGCCCACUUUGACAGCGUCCAUGGGCACAGUGAACUUGUUAUUGAAAGAGUAUCAAAAGAAGAUUCUGGUACUUAUGUGUGCACAGCAGAGAACAGCGUUGGUUUUGUGAAGGCAAUUGGAUUUGUUUAUGUGAAAGAGCCUCCAGUCUUCAAAGGUGACUACCCUUCCAACUGGAUUGAGCCACUUGGUGGUAAUGCAAUCCUGAACUGUGAGGUGAAAGGAGACCCUGCCCCAACCAUCCAGUGGAGCAGAAAGGGAGUGGACAUUGAAAUUAGCCACAGAAUCCGACAACUUGGCAAUGGCUCCCUGGCAAUUUAUGGCACUAUUAAUGAAGAUGCAGGCGACUACACGUGUGUGGCUGCCAAUGAAGCUGGGGUGGUGGAGCGCAGCAUGAGCCUGACCCUGCAAAGUCCUCCUAUUAUCACCCUUGAGCCAGUAGAAACUGUUGUUAAUGCUGGUGGCAAAGUCACACUGAAUUGCCAGGCAACUGGAGAACCUCACCCAACCAUUACUUGGUCCCGCCAAGGGCACUCCAUCUCCUGGGAUGAACGAGUUCACAUGUUGCCCAACAACUCAUUAUAUAUUGGUGCUGCUCAGAAAGAAGAUACGUCUGAAUAUGAAUGUGUGGCCCGAAACUUGAUGGGUUCUGUCCUUGUCAGAGUGCCAGUCACCAUCCAGGUUCAUGGUGGAUUUUCCCAGUGGUCUGCCUGGAGAUCCUGUAGUGUCACCUGUGGAAAAGGUAUCCAGAAGAGGAGUCGCCUGUGCAACAACCCCUUUCCAGCCAAUGGUGGGAAGCCUUGCCAAGGUUCAGAUUCAGAAAUGCGAAAUUGUCAGCAUAGACUGUGUCCAGUGGAUGGUAGCUGGUCAGAAUGGAGCCCUUGGGAAGAAUGCACCAGGAGCUGUGGGCGUGGCAACCAAACCAGGGUGCGAACAUGCAACAAUCCAUCAGCUCAACAUGGUGGGCGACCGUGUGAAGGGAAUGCUGUGGAAAUAAUCAUGUGCAAUAUUAGGCCUUGCCCAGUUCAUGGAUCAUGGGGUGCUUGGCAACCUUGGGGUACCUGCAGUGAAACUUGUGGGAAAGGAACCCAGACAAGAACAAGACUAUGCAAUAAUCCACCACCAUCAUUUGAUGGAUCCUACUGUAAUGGAGUGGAAACUCAGAUGCAAGUUUGCAAUGAGAGACACUGUCCAGUUGAUGGCAAGUGGGGCACUUGGGCUCCUUGGAGUACCUGCACUGUGUCCUGUGGAGGAGGUGCCAGACAGAGAACGAGGGACUGCUCUGAUCCUUUUCCUCAGCAUGGAGGGAGCAUCUGUGAAGGAACUGAUGUCCAGAGUGAUUUUUGCAAUAGUGACCCUUGUCCAACUCAUGGUAACUGGAGUCCUUGGAGUGGCUGGGGAAUCUGCAGCCGGACAUGUAAUGGAGGGCAGAUGCGACGGUACCGCAUGUGUGAUAACCCUCGUCCUUCCAAUGGAGGAAGAGCUUGCGGCGGCGCUGAUUCCCAGAUCCAGAGAUGCAACACUGACAUGUGUCCUGUGGAUGGAAGUUGGGGGAACUGGCAGAGUUGGAGCCGGUGUUCUGUCUCUUGUGGUGGAGGUGAAAAGACUCGAAAGCGACUAUGCAACAAUCCAGUACCCUCCAAAAGCGGCCGCUCCUGUCCAGGAGAUGCUACUCAGAUAUCCAGAUGCAAUAUGCAAGCAUGUCCAGGUGGGCCCCAGCAUGCCAGAGGAAGUGUUAUUGGAAAUAUUAAUGAUGUUGAAUUUGGAAUUGCUUUCCUUAAUGCCACCAUUACAGAUAGCCCUACUUCUGAUUCUAGAAUAGUACAUGCAAAAAUUACCAAUGUCCCUCGAAGUCUUGGUUCAGCAAUGAGAAAGAUAGUUUCUAUUCUAAACCCCAUUUAUUGGACAACAGCAAAGGAAAUAGGGGAAGCAGUCAAUGGUUACACCCUCACCAAUGCAGUCUUCAAGAGAGAAACUCAAGUGGAGUUUGCAACCGGGGAAGUCUUACGGAUGACUCAUAUCGCCCGUGGCUUGGAUUCUGAUGGUGUUUUGCUGCUGGAUAUUGUUGUGAAUGGUUAUGUCUUACAGCUACAGUCACCUGCUGAAGUUGCUAUAAAGGAUUACACAGAAGACUACAUCCAAACAGGCCCUGGGCAGCUGUAUGCCCACUCCACCCGGCUGUUCACCCUUGAUGGCAUCAGUGUCCCCUAUACAUGGAACCACACCAUUUUCUAUGAUGAGUCACGAGGCAAAAUGCCUUUCUUGGUAGAAACACUUCAUGCAUCCUCUGUGGAAUCUGACUACAACCCGUUAGAAGAGACUUUGGGUUUUAAAAUCCAUGCUUCAAUCUCCAAAGGAGAUCGAAGUAACCAGUGCCCCUCGGGGUUCACCUUAGACUCAGUUGGACCCUUCUGUUCUGAUGAAGAUGAAUGUACAGCAGGGAAUCCCUGCUCCCACAUCUGCCACAACGCCAUGGGAACCUAUCACUGCUCCUGCCCAAAAGGCCUCACCAUAGCUGCUGAUGGAAGAACUUGUCAAGACAUUGAUGAGUGUGCUUUGGGUGGACACAGCUGCCACACGGGGCAGGACUGUGACAACACCAUUGGAUCCUAUCGUUGUGUGGUCCAUUGUGGAACUGGCUUUCGAAGGACCUCUGAUGGACUGAGUUGUCAAGAUAUUAAUGAAUGUCAGGAGUCCAGCCCCUGUCACCACCGCUGUUUCAAUGCCAUAGGAAGUUUCCACUGUGGAUGUGAACCUGGCUAUCAGCUCAAAGGCAGAAAGUGCAUGGAUGUGAAUGAGUGUAGACAGAAUGUGUGCAGACCAGACCAGCACUGCAAAAACACUCGUGGUGGCUAUAAGUGUAUUGACCUCUGUCCAACUGGAAUGACCAAAGCAGAAAAUGGAACCUGCAUUGAUAUUGAUGAAUGUAAAGAUGGGACCCAUCAGUGCAGAUAUAACCAGAUAUGUGAAAAUACAAGAGGCAGUUACCGUUGUGUAUGUCCAAGGGGUUACCGGUUUCAAGGACUUGGAAGACCCUGUGUGGACAUUAAUGAAUGUGACCAAGUGCCUAAACCUUGUGCGUAUCAGUGCUCCAACACCCCCGGCAGCUUCAAGUGUGUCUGUCCACCAGGACAACAUUUAUUAGGGGACGGGAAAUCUUGCGCUGGAUUGGAGAGGCUGCCAAAUUAUGGCACUCAGUACAGUAGCUAUAACCUUGCUCGGUUCUCCCCUGUGAGAAACAACUAUCAACCUCAACAGCAUUACAGACAGUACUCACAUCUCUACAGCUCCUACUCAGAGUAUAGAAACAGCAGGACAGCUCUCUCCAGGACUAGAAGGACUAGUAGGAAAACUUGCCCCGAAGGUUCGGAGGCGAGCCAAGACACUUGUAUAGAUAUUGAUGAAUGUGAAAAUAGAGACACCUGCCAACAUGAGUGUAAAAAUACUUUUGGAAGCUAUCAGUGUAUCUGCCCACCUGGCUAUCAACUCAUGCUCAAUGGAAAAACAUGUCAAGAUGUCGAUGAGUGUCUGGAGCAGAAUGUGCGUUGUGGGCCAAACCGCAUGUGCUUCAACAUGAGAGGAAGCUACCAGUGCAUCGACACACCCUGUCCACCCAACUACCAGCGGGAUCCCGUCUCAGGGUUCUGCCUCAAAAACUGUCUGCCCAAUGAUUUGGAAUGUGCCUUGAGUCCAUAUGCCUUGGAAUACAAACUGGUCUCCCUCCCAUUUGGAAUAGCAGCCAAUCAAGAUUUAAUCCGGCUGGUUGCAUACACGCAAGAUGGAGUCAUGCACCCCAGGACAACGUUCCUCAUGGUCAAUGAGGAUCAGUCUAUUCCUUUUGCCUUAAGGGAUGAGAACCUGAAAGGUGUGGUUUACACCACAAGACCUCUGCGAGAACCAGAGACCUACCGCAUGCGGGUUCGAGCAUUAUCCUACAGCGCCAAUGGAACCAUCGAGUAUCAGACCACGUUCAUAGUCUAUAUAGCCGUGUCUGCCUAUCCAUUCUAAGAAGCUCCCCAAAGCCUAAUCUACAUAUUUAAACUGCAUUAAUCAUGGGAAACAAGUCCCCUUCCAGAUUACUGUCUCCUGAACAGUUGCAAUUUCGGCAGCUUGAAAAUGGUGCUCUGCUCUGUUCUGCAUGCCUUCCUUGGUACUGCUGAGGUAUUUCAUGAUCCCACCAUGCUCGUAUCUUUUGGUUAGGUCUAGAAAAGUCCCUUAUUAUUUUCUUUAUUUAUUACACUGGAGCAUUUUUCUUUCCAAAGAUCAUUCUGAACAUCUAACAGGACAAAUCAGUGAUGUUUUAAAUUUUAUGGUAGCGCCAUAGCUUAGAUUAACUUCUUAAAAACAUUCAAAGUCGGGAUAUUUGAGCAUUUGAUCGUUUUUGGAAUAAUAAAACCAGUUACUGUGUUCCUUUAUCCAUGUUGGCUGAGUAACACAUGAAGAUUUUUUUAAGUAUUGAUAUUUUAUAGUAAGACUUAUACACCUAUUUUUAUUUUAAGGAAAAAUAGAAACACAGCUCAUUUUAGAAAUAUAGUGCAACUUCUAGAAAGUUUUUAUUUUUUAUCCCAAAUGGUGCUUAUUCUGACUAAACAUCCAAAAUAAGAGUAUUAUUUUUAGUAAUUUUAUGAAAUUAACUGAACCACUUAUGAUAAUAGGAAAAAAUAAGACUUUGUCCUCAAAUGAUCACUCAUGGCGUGGAUCUUUGCUCUAAGAUUUUGUUAUAAACUUCCAUGCAUAUAGCUCCAUACUUUUACAUUCCAGCAUUUUAAGAAAUUUUCCUGUAAAUUGGAAAUAAUUUUUUUCAAAUAUCAAUGGGACAGUAUUCUUUUCUUGAAAAUCUCAUCUUCAAAUUAGCAUUAAUGUUAAACGUCAAUACACUGUACAUGGUGGUAACAGACUCUGGAAGCAAUUGCCAAGAUGUAUUCUAUUUUUAUGAAGUGUAUAUAUGUUACCUUAGUGUGUAUUUUCUAUAUAGUAUCUUGAUGGACUCAUAUAAAAUUAUUUUAUAAAAAAUACUAUGUUACAGUAAGACCAAUCUAAAUAAA